CGUGUCAAUGAUGUAGGGGUUAUCGUAAAACACAGACCAGGAACGGACGACGAUGAUACCGAAUUAGAGGUCGUCUGCAAGGUCACGUGGCGCUGUAAACGACACGCGCCUACGGCGUCUUGAUGAACUUUAGUUUUGAAUCCAUUAUACGAAGGAAAGAAGAGCCGAUGGAAAAUGAAAAAACGUGUGGCCAGCAGACCAGUAAAAUCAGAUAAUCUUGACAAUAUCGUUGAAAGCGAAGAGCCCAAAGUCGGAAAAUUUACUUUUUUCAAUGGGGACGUUUACGAUGGAGAAUAUAAAACGAUUCCUAAUCGCUUUUACUUGACUAAACAUGUUUUUCAUGUAGGCACAGGAAGCUACAUUACUGAUAAUUUUGACGUUUACUGCGGCGGUUGGGACGAGGAUUGUUUUGCUGAUUCUGACAUUUAUGUCAAGUAUAACAACGACGCUCAGUAUCGAGGCAGGAUUGAUUCGAACGGAACUAUGAAUGGAUCCGGAACUUACCUAUUUCCCGACGGAUCUUCCAUCGAAGCUGUUUGGCAAAAUAACGUUCCCUUCACAAAUAUUAUUUUCCGGGAACCUCUUGGAUUUGCAUGGAUGGUUGAAAAUAUUUCGAAAGAUUCGAUUACUUUUUCUCCUGGAAAUCACUUCUGGAACGGCAUGUUGCUCGAUCAAAGCGUCACGCAUUCCACUGAAUCUUUGAAUAAAAGCGAGCACAAUUAAUUCGACAUAAAUUAACAUUGAGUUGUUCUAAUCCUUUUUAAACUGCUGAGGAACCGUGAAUUUAGUGACAGCCGAUUUGAAUAAAGGAUUAGUGUUCGAACUGAA